GCUGCGAGCAGCUUCAGUAGAGUUGAUACAUACAGGCACAAUACAUACUCUCUAAAUAAGGCACAAAAAUGAAGCGAUUUGUCAUCAUUUACAUUUGGCUUGCCGGGGAAUUUCAGCUAGUCCUUAGUGUCGAUUUGAAGGACACGCCGAUUCUUGGAUCUAAAAAUACUCCAAGACUUCUGAGCAAGGAUACAGUCAGUGGUGGAUUUAAAUAUCAAGUCUAUCAGAAUCAUAGUGUCUUAUUCCAUCAUGAGGACUCUGAGGAGAUGUAUAUCGGGGGGACUGAUUUUGUGUUAAAACUUGACAUGGAUGACUAUCAUGUCAUAGAGAAAUUUACUCUGAAAACAACGGGGCAACAGCAGUGCCAAGAGGGUCCCUGUGAAAAUGUCAUCACUGUCAUUGAGAAGUUUCAGGACAGUUUGUUUGUCUGUGGGACAAAUGGACACAAACCACAGUGCUGGAAACUUUUUUCAUCAGUGAACAACCAGUCUCAUGAAAUAGUGGAGAGUUAUGAGGGGACGGGCAUCUCCCCGUUCGUGUACACCCAGAACUCCCUAUCAAUCACAGUAGAUGGGGACCUAUAUGCAGCAGCGCCAUUGGGUGCUGACAGAAGUUCAUUGCAAUUCAGAAGGAAAGCUGGCAGCAGAACUAAUGUGUGGAUGUAUGACAACUGGGUCUCAGAGCCCACAUUCAUCUCUGCGUCCUGGGUGAAGCGAAAGGAAGAUCCUGAGAAUGAUAAAAUAUACAUAUUUUUCCGUGAAAAGAACUCGGACCACAGCCCAGAGGCCGACCCCUGGAUAUCAAGGGUUGCCAGAGUUUGUAAGGUAGAUGAAGGAGGAUCAAAACGAUUCUUCCAGAACAUGUGGACAUCUUUUCUCAAGGCCCGACUUGUCUGUGGAUUUCCAUUAGAGUCGCUGUAUUUCAGCCGUCUCCAAGACAUCUAUGUGAUGCAUGCCGAGGACUGGCACGACACCAGAAUCUAUGCCCUUUUCACGAGUAGCUGGAACUCUACAGCAGUUUGCAUCUAUUCUAUACGAAUGAUUGAAGAAAUAUUUGAGACCUCAACUUUCAAAGGCUACAACAAAGACAUCCCCACACCAAGGCCAGGAACGUGCGUUCCAAAUAGCAGGAGACUGCCACCGGCCACAGUCAAUGUGGUGAAGGAUAACCCUGAAAUGACUGACUGGGUUCACUCCAUGCACUACACAGCUCCGUUUUAUAUAAGCAGCAACAACUAUACCAAGAUAGUUGUGGACCGAGUUCAAGCAGUGGACCAGCACAUGUAUAACAUCCUGCUUCUAGCCACUGAUUCUGGGAAGAUCCAUAAAGUCUUAGAGGCCGGAUCUGAACCUUUCAUCAUCUCUGAAACUCAACUCUCCAACAGUUCAUCCAUACAAUCAAUGAAACUCAACUCCAAAAAGAAAAAGUUAGUCAUGGGCUUUUCAGAGAAAAUCUCCACCUUGGACCUCCAGAAGUGUCAGGAAUACAACUCCUCCUGUGAAACAUGUGUUCUGGCCCGGGACCCAUAUUGUGCCUGGACUAAGUUUGGAUGCACCCCGACUGUCCCUGGGGGCAUUCAAAAUGUCAUGAAUGGAGAAACAACUGUGUGUCCCACAUCAGCAGAAGGACAAAAGCAAGUAAACCGGACCAGACGGGAGAUAGAUUCAUCAUCACCAGUGCAUUUGAGCACGGUUCAUUCAGUCGCCCUGAGUGUCCCUUUCUACCUGUCGUGCCCCAUAGACUCUUACCAUGCGGUCUACACCUGGGAGCACAAAGGCAAGAGCAGCCCUUGUCUGCAAAUGCAGUCUAACUGCCUGCACCUCAUCCCUGCCAUGACACAAGAGAACUAUGGCGUCUACGAGUGUGUUUCCAAAGAAAAAGACUACACAAAAGUGGUGAAAAAAUAUCACCUUACGCAGCAAAGGAUCCUCACAAAGACCGCAAGUGAGACGCCUUAUAAAGAAAACGAUGUUGCGUCGCAGACAGUAUCUAUCAUACUUGGACUGGCUGUAGCAGUGCUUCAUCUAAUUAUUAUUUAAACUUUCCUCUAUUUUCUCUUUGAAAGGUCUUCCGGUUGCUCCAAACCCCACAUUUUGAAAAUGGAGCAUCAGCAUUCACAGGCCCUUUUUCCUCUGCCAUGGCUAAUCAUGCCAGGACACAGGCAGCACUAAAGGAAAUCCACUGUAACACAACAACUCAAACUGGAACACUCCUCCUGUGAACUUCAAACCAACUUAGUGCAGCUGUUGACAUAGUAGAGGUGUUUGGCAGAAGAGUUUCAAAUCUACAGGAACAAGCUGUCGCCAAGUUUAGAACAGGAAAAGGUUGAUAUUAUGAAAGGAGCAAAUCACGACCAAUCAACAGCAGGAUGCAGCUUAGCUCACCUGUGGAGUUUGUUUAGAUCUUGAUCCUGCAUGAAGCAUUGUAAUGUUUCAUUGAGUGAGUACUUGUCUUUCUUUUAAGACAAGGAAAAGAGGGGAGGUAUAAGAAGUAAUCUGAGGGAAUGCCUUUAAACAGGGUUCAGUCUGUAUAUGACUCUAACCCUCAAACCAAGCACAAACCAAGCACAAACCAAGCACAAACCAAGCACAGCGUUAAAAUGUAAGCUUCCAGGCAGACAGCCACCGACCGAUAUACAGUAAGGAGAUGUAGUGUAGUUUUAAGUCCUGCACAUAUAGAGGGGUAUCUUGUGGCUCUCUCUGAGUCUUUAGAGGUCAAGAAGCUGUUGUGCUCCCGUGUGAUUUUCCUCUGUGCCUCACUCAGAUUACUUCAUUCAGUGUCACAGUUUUUAGGGAAGGGAGGAAGUACCCAGAGACCUUCGCUGAAUGUUUCAGUUUUGUUUUACCACUGUAACAGCAAGUGGUAGGGAGCUAUUUGAAAAAUAUGCAAUGAAAGAUGUUUUUGCUACUGAGCAGACCACGUCUAGAAUUAAAUUUGCACAUAAAACAUACAUACAUGAACAUAAAUGUAAAUGUAUAUUAUUGCACUUGCGUAGAACAGUUUUGUGAUGGACGUUGAAGGGAAUAGUUUUGACUGUACUCACACAAUGUGCAAACAUUUGUUACUGAUGUUUUAAAUGAGGUAAUGGUAAAUGUUAAACCAAUUUUGUAAUGUAAUUUGCUUUGUAAUGUCCAUUACACAGCAAUAUCUGGCAAAAGUUUGCUUAUGAAUACUAGGCUAACUAAUAACUAAACUAAUAAUUAGCUAACAUUUAGCAACCAAAAGCUACUGCCAGACCAAGUGAGGCUGUAGCAGCAAAACAGCUGAAUACAAUGAAGUGAGCAGUGUUGCGUUUUAUUGUGUAUCAAUUCAACUUUCCUCUUGUAAGAAAAGGAAAAUGUUAUUUCCUCAAUGAUCAUUCUUUUUAACAUGUCUCGCUUCAAACAAGACAUGGUAUAAACUACUAAGAUAAAUAUAUUUAUUAUUUAAACACUACUGGUACGAUUUAAACAUUUAUUUUAUUGCUAAAUCUUUCAUAUUUGAGAUUUUUGUACUUAGCAAUGGGUCCUUAGAAUUUCAAA